ACGCGGGUUGUGCGCAUGCGCUCUGUGCGCCCGCGGCGGCGGGGUGCGGGCGGGGCGGCCCCGACUGAGCGGAGAGCGGCAACGCGGAGCGGAGCAGCGCGCAGCAUGUGCGGCAUCUUUGCUUACUUGAACUACCAUGUUCCCCGGACAAGAAGGGAGAUUCUGGAGACCCUUAUCAAAGGUCUCCAGCGGUUGGAGUACCGUGGUUAUGACUCUGCAGGUGUGGGAAUCGAUGGUGGCAACGACAAAGACUGGGAAGCUAAUGCUUGCAAAAUCCAGCUUAUCAAACAGAAGGGGAAAGUGAAGGCUCUGGAUGAAGAGGUGCACAAGCAGCAGGACAUGGAUCUUGACAUCGAGUUCGAUGUGCACCUUGGAAUUGCGCACACCCGGUGGGCUACCCAUGGAGAGCCUAAUCCCAUCAACAGCCAUCCACAGCGCUCAGAUAAAAACAAUGAAUUCAUCGUCAUCCACAAUGGCAUCAUCACCAACUACAAAGACUUGCGGAAAUUCCUGGAGAGCAAGGGCUAUGACUUUGAGUCAGAGACGGACACAGAGAGCAUCGCCAAACUGGUGAAGUACAUGUAUGACAACCGGGACAGCGACGACAUCAGCUUCACCACCCUGGUGGAGAGAGUCAUCCAGCAGCUGGAAGGUGCUUUUGCCCUUGUAUUCAAAAGCGUUCAUUAUCCUGGUCAAGCAGUUGGUACAAGACGAGGCAGCCCUCUGCUCAUAGGAGUGCGUAGUGAGCACAAGCUCUCCACUGACCACAUCCCCAUCCUGUACCGUACAGGUAAGGAUAAGAAGGGAAGCUGCAACCUGUCUCGUGUGGACAGCACCACCUGCCUCUUCCCUGUUGAGGAGAAAGCUGUGGAGUACUAUUUUGCUUCUGAUGCUAGUGCUGUCAUUGAGCAUACCAACAGAGUGAUUUUCCUUGAGGAUGAUGAUGUAGCAGCUGUGGUUGAUGGCCGUCUUUCCAUCCACCGGAUCAAACGUACAGCAGGCGAUCACCCCGGGCGUGCCGUGCAAACCUUGCAGAUGGAACUUCAACAGAUUAUGAAGGGUAACUUCAGCUCGUUCAUGCAAAAGGAGAUUUUUGAGCAGCCAGAAUCCGUUGUUAAUACCAUGAGAGGAAGGGUCAACUUUGAUGACUACACUGUGAAUCUUGGAGGCUUGAAGGAUCACAUUAAGGAGAUUCAGAGGUGUCGUCGUUUAAUUCUUAUUGCCUGUGGGACGAGUUACCAUGCUGGAGUUGCAACCCGUCAGGUUCUGGAAGAACUGACUGAAUUACCUGUGAUGGUUGAACUAGCCAGUGAUUUCCUGGAUAGAAACACUCCUGUCUUCAGAGAUGAUGUUUGCUUUUUCAUCAGCCAGUCAGGUGAGACAGCAGAUACUUUGAUGGGUCUUCGGUACUGCAAAGAGAGAGGAGCCUUAACUGUAGGCAUAACCAACACAGUUGGCAGCUCUAUAUCACGGGAGACGGAUUGUGGAGUCCAUAUCAAUGCAGGACCAGAGAUAGGGGUUGCCAGUACCAAGGCCUAUACCAGCCAGUUUGUCUCUUUGGUGAUGUUUGCUCUCAUGAUGUGCGAUGACAGAAUUUCUAUGCAAGAAAGACGCAAGGAAAUCAUGCGUGGUCUUAAAGGUCUACCAGACUUGAUUAAAGAAGUGCUGAGUAUGGACGAUGAGAUUCAGAAGCUGGCCACAGAGCUGUACCAUCAGAAGUCUGUUCUCAUCAUGGGACGUGGCUACCACUAUGCUACAUGUCUAGAGGGAGCUUUGAAAAUUAAAGAAAUUACCUAUAUGCACUCUGAAGGGAUAUUGGCAGGUGAGCUGAAGCAUGGCCCUCUUGCACUGGUGGACAAACUCAUGCCUGUUAUCAUGAUCAUCAUGAGAGACCAUACGUAUGCAAAGUGCCAAAAUGCUCUCCAGCAGGUCAUUGCACGACAAGGACGACCUGUUAUCAUUUGUGACAAGGAAGACAUCGAGACAAUUAAGAACAAUAAGAGGACAAUCAAAGUUCCCCAUUCUGUGGACUGUCUGCAGGGUAUCCUGAGUGUUAUCCCCCUUCAGCUUCUGGCUUUUCACCUUGCAGUUCUCAGAGGAUAUGAUGUUGAUUUUCCAAGAAAUCUGGCCAAGUCCGUAACUGUAGAGUGAAAGAUCAUCUGAAUCAUAGGGGCAAAGGGGAAUUAAGUGAAAGACUCUUUUUGGUACCAAAAUAACUUGAUUUUAAAUCCCCUAGGUAAAUCUUAUUUUGGUAAUUGAUUGUUUGUGUACGAGAUCACUGUAAUUCCAUUACAUUAGUGAUUGUCAAAUUGAUUCCACAUGCUAUGCCAAUAGCUUUGGGUUUUUUGAACAGUAGAUUUCCAUGGAAGCUAUUAAAUGGUUUUCUUUAAAAAUUACUGAGUCUUCUAGGUAAAGGGCCCUCCACUUCACUUUCAGAUACUGUCAUUGUUUCUUACCAGUGUGGCUCACUCCAGUUGCUGGUGAGGAGCCAUUCAAUGCAUUACCUGUCAUGCUCUUAGGCAGCGAUACCAGAGUGUACAACUGGAACAGGAGCUGCUGCUGGUCAUGGUCAUGUUUGUGCAGGUAUUUUAACAGUGGAAGAAACUGUAAAAGAGCAUUUGUGUCAACUUCCCCCUCAUUCAUAAAAGGGGAUUCAACUGACCUGUCUCAGCUUCUGAAGCUCUAGGCAUGUUGUAAAUGUGCUGAGGAAGUAAUGCUGCUUCAGAAAGAUGUUAUCUAUGCCAAACACCUAGCAGUUGACAAUCUCAUAGAGCUGGGCCAUGACACAGUGUGACACAGUAGCUCUUUGUAGUUGUACCUAUGAAGAUGGUGGAACUCACACCUUCAAAUGCAAGUGGAAGCAGUGUCUGGCUCAGCACCAUGGAUGCCUACCAAACAAAGGAGGGGGAACAGUGCUCAGUUGGUGGUGGUGUUUAUUUUGUUGGCUUUUAAUUUGUUUUUAAACAAGCAGCCUUCUUCCUGUGUUGUGGGAUGAAGGCUUUUCCCUCAGAGCCGUAGCACUGCGAAGAGAUCAUAAGGAAUGGGCUUUAUUUUGCUGCAGAUCACUUAAUGGUUUCUGCCUUCUGUCCUUUGAACAGAGACAGCACUAAAUCUCUCUCUGUGAGUCUUGCUACGUUAUACAGAGUCCCAUAAGUGCAUGGGUUCUAGUUUAUUUAGGAGCAGUUCAUAUGGUUGUAGUGUCAUAUGUGGUUGUGUCAAAUUGAGCUGGUGUAAAAUUGGAGGGGAUAAAACUUGAUAGCCACAAAAUACUUUGAUUUUUUAUCAUUAUUUGCAGAAGUUACUCAGAAAAUAUGCCUUCAAGAUGUUAAACAAGUCAUUAAAGGGCAGUUAAUUUGGUGUUUUCUAAUGUAGAAAGGUGAAUUCGUACCAGCCUGAUGAGUUCUGAAUUAGCUUUAUAUAUGCAAAAGCAUAGCACAAGGUGGAAAGCAGUGCUUGCUGAGUCCUGGUGAAUAUUUCAAAGUGCUGCCCCUGGAAAACUGCUUUAACAAAUGCAGUGUUUGGGGACCAUCCAUUACUAUUAAAACUCAGCUCUGGUGGAUGAUUUUCAACAGAAGAGGACUGCUCAGACAAAGUGUUUCCAAAAACAGUGGCAAUUCUGCUUUAUACCAAACCGCAGUAACCUGUCUGACUUCAGUUCAUAAUCAGCCUGAGGCUGUUUUGGGUUAUGUUAAUGAGUAAAAUGCUGCAUGCCUGGAAACUUUCUUGAAGCCAACAUAUGUAUGUUUAUUAAUAUUGUGUUCAGACUAUUAAUUUAUGAAUGCAUUGUAUUGCCAGUGUAGGAUGUUGCAUUGUAGUUGUACAGCAGUUGCUUAUGAGGUGCUGACUCCUACUCUGUGCCUCUGCCUAGGCAUGACCAGUAGACUGCCCUUCUUUGAAAGGAUGUAAUUCUCCCAGAGGAACAGUAAACAAUGUGUGUUCAGUGCUAACAGUCUGGGGGCAGCUCCUCUUUCUGCUGCCACUCACCUUAUUAAGGGAAGCUGUGAACCUUGAGCAUGGAGGCUGGGAGCCAGGGAAGGUUCUCCAUUGCCCAGCAUAAGGACUUGCAGUACCACAUCCUGUGUUCUCGUUAGCAUGAGGUCUGAUGGGAAAGAACCUGCAAGAGAAUGGUUUGAAGAUCUGCUUCUCCUAUUCCAUUCAGAAGAAAAGCACGAAGCGUUGCUUUUAGCUUGCCUUGUGCAGAUAAUGGUCUGCCAGCUCACUCCUGGCAAACAGAGUGGUUGACAUGGCAGGCAGGGUGGUCAACCUCACAAAAUGCAAAUUGCUGUUCAGUAGAAGGCUGGUAAUAUGGGCUGUUAAAUACUUACGGAAGUUGUGUACAAAGAGGACCAAAGAACAGGAUUCUAAAUGAAAAAUGUAAUGAAUCUGACACUCUCCUGUUGGAUGUAACUGUACAGAUAUUGCUGAGCUCUUUGGUUUUAAUACUGUGAUAGAGAAACCCUUAUUCUCUGUAAUUCUCCACAACAGAUUCUUCAUUUGUCUGAAGUAAGGUAGUGUUCACCCCCUGCAUCCUGCAGGUUGCCAGCAAACUGCCUCAAGUGUACAAACUGCCAAAACAAAGGUGUAGUACGUGCAGGUAGGAUGUUGUCAUAGUUCAAUGGAGGAUACUUGCUAUGAAGAAUUUCUCUGAUGAGCAUGGUAGGGAAUCCGUAAAGCAUCUCAUUGUUAAUUGCCAUGCCAGUGUGAUUGUAUAAAGCACUCUUCUUAGCUUUCCUUACCUCAUUUUGUGUAGACAUGUGUUUUGAUGAACAGAUGGUAUUUCUCUCUUUCCCUAGAGGACUUUUAGAAUGUCUUGUGAUAUUUAUUAACAGCAGUCAGUCUUCUGCUCUCCAGAAUGAAUGUUUUGCUUACUGAGCCAGUCCAACUCCCUCCUCCUGAUGGAGGUGUGCAGACAUCCAGCAGCCCUUCACUAAAAUCCAGCCAUGGGUAAACACCAGUAAAGCCCUUUCUCAUUUUGCAUAGCAGCUGCCUAUUACUGCUUACGUUGGCCAGAAAGGUUUUUCCUCCCGUUUGCACUGAAGAAACGCUGUACUCAGCUCUGAAUUUGUCAAAUGAGUGAGUACAGUCUGCACGUAUGUCAUUGCAAAGAGCCCAAAGCAGUGUUGGGAUAGCCAGGUGUCUGUAGCAUGCAGCGAUGGUUUGUGGAUGCCCUUCUGUCCACAUCCUUGUCUGUAAAGUCUCUUUGUAUGUAAAGAGCUGCACUAGUGACAGCUCUGAGACAAGUGGGAGAAUCUCAUGUGUAUAACAGCAUGCAAUCUUGCUUAAUUAGUAUCCCUAACAAUAGCCCGGACAAACUGGGUUGGGUUAAGCUGCAGAGUGAGACAUCUAAAAGCCCAAGGAGGACCAACAUUAGUGCAGAAUGAGGGUUUUCUCCCUUCUGGUAGCAGUCCUUGGCAGCGCAAGCAGCAGCAUGUAGGAUGGAUGGGGGAGCUGCAGUUUGGCAUGUUGGUGUUUGUGGCUGAUUUUAGAUCCCACCUGAUGGUACCAAAUUUGCCUCAGAAAGUACAGAGUCCCUCCACCGGAUCAGGAAGAAGAAAUAAGGAAUUGAGUUUGAAUCAGAGGAUAAAACUAUUUGCCUUCAAUUCUGUGUGUGUAAAUAGAGAUUUGAAAUGGCAGAUACCACCAUUUCUUCCCUAUGGUUCUGUUUGCCUCUGCGUGUACAUAUCCAGCUUUCUUGGUUUGUGGGGACCAGACUGUACCUUGUUUCCUGUUGUGUGCUGUAUGCAGAAGACGUCUUAUUUUGUCUGUAAUGUUUUAUAAUUUGCGUUCUGUCUUUUUGCUUACUUUUUUUGUAUCUCACCCUUUGAAUAAAAUCAAGUGCCCUACAUUAAACAAAUCGAAUUACUGGUCUUCAGUUAAGUACAUGUAAAAGUAUCAAACAAGCAUCUGUUUUCUUAAAUAAGAUUAGCAGCUUGGACAUGCUCUUGUUAAAAAACACUUUUCCUGUGCAAGUAGUAAAGCCACAAAGCUGCUUUUGGAUGUUAGUGCUUUGAAACAAGGAACCUGUGUCCUUAGUAUCAAUUAAAAUCACAGAACUAGAGCCAGGAGUGAAGUGCCAUAGAUUAAGGGGCAGCAGUUAAGUACAUAUUAUGGGGAUGAAGUUAUCUCAGUGGGGCCACUUGGCUAGGCCUGUAGUUUGGGAGCUGCUUUUGGACAAGCCUGAUCCUAAAGCUGUCCUAUUUCUCACCUAUUUCCAUGAUUUUAUCAACUAGUUGGAAUAGAUCACAGGUAUUUGAAAAAAGAAAAAGCAAGUUAGCUCACCCAGAUGGCCCAUUCCAUGCUAAAGAGGCUGUGAUAAAUGAGACCCAUACCUCAAGAGGGGGCAGGACACCUUUCUUCCACUUCCCCUCCUCAGGCCCAUUAUUUCCUGUUAAAAGUCCAUGUUUCUGUGGUCCUCACAAAUUCCCAUGGCAGCAACUUUACACAAACAAGCUGCUUGCCCAUGUCUGGAUUCUGAAAGUGGUGGUGAGCCCUGGCAUGUGGGGGGCACUGAGGAUGUGGGUGCCCCAUCCCUGGAAGUGCCCAAGGCUGUCGGUGGGGCCUUGGGGAGGCUGAGCUGGUGGGUGGCACCCAGCCCAAGGCAGGGGGUGGGGCUGGGUGGGCUGUGAAGUCCCUUCUGAUCCAACCAUGGUCCUAUGGUUCUGCAUGCUUAGAAGUUGGUUUCAGAGGAGACAGAACAGCGCUAAAUCGCAGAAAGACUCCUUCCAAAAAGCAGAGGGCUGCGACAGCAGCAUCUCCACCAGGCACAGAAAACAUCCUUUGCCGUUCUGGCUCCUGAUGCAGCUUAAAAUCUGUUACAUCUCUCUAAGAAGGGCCCUGUAUCGUCUCACUGCACCCAUCCCACUUGGGUUACCCAAUGGCCAAUGAGUAUCAGAGCAAACACUGCAUGAAAAAGCAAUAAAGCAAGGGGUUCAUUGGCGGCCAUCUUCAGUUUGACACCCCACAUAGUUUAUGGUUAUAGAUUAUACCCUGGUCACAUCUCCAGCCU